CGGCACGCGACGCCCGAGACGCCGAUACGGCGAUACGCGCGGAACACGUUGUUUCACGAACGCCGAUGGCCUGCGAUGUUUUGCAAAAAGUUUGGAUUUUCCGUCUUUGCGUCGAUCUCAAAACAGGACUUUAAUCCGCAUUAUAUUAAUCUUUUUUCUGUUUGACGCUGCGAGAGAAGCGCGGCCGUCUGAAUCAGCCCCGGAUGAGUCUCCUUGGUAGGCCGCUCAACUAUAGAGCCUCCCGUCGAGAUGCCAGGUACCGUCGUUUACAGAGCCGCAUCUACAAUUUCCUGGAGAGGCCGAGAGGGUUCGCAAUAUUGUACCAUAUGAUAGUAUUUCUUAUAGUCCUGACAUGUUUGACUUUAAGCGUUUUUUCGACGAUAUCAGAAUAUGAAACUACAGCGGGAAAUAUAUUAACUUUUACUGAAUCCUUUGUGUUAGUAUGGUUUGGAGUGGAGUUUGGCUUUCGCGUCUGGUCAUCAGGAUGUCGUUCGCGAUAUCAGGGCUACCUGGGCCGCCUUAAGUUCCUGAAAAGUCCUUUUUGCAUAAUAGAUAUUAUAACAAUACUGGCCUCAAUCAUUACAAUGAUCUAUAUGGCUCUAUACGGAACUCAAACCUUACCGGGUACAGCACUCAGAGCUCUAAGAUUCUUUCAAAUCCUGAGGAUGGUGAGGAUGGACAGAAGGGGCGGGACAUGGAAAUUACUUGGAUCUGUUGUGUAUGCUCAUCGACAGGAAUUAAUAACAACUUUGUACAUAGGGUUUUUGGGCUUGAUUUUUGCUUCCUUCUUGGUGUUUUUGGCGGAAAAAGACGUGAACAAAAAGUUCUCGAAUUUCGCUCAAGCGCUGUGGUGGGGAGUGAUUACUUUGUGCACUGUUGGAUAUGGAGACAUGGUGCCAGAGACUUGGCCUGGAAAGAUAAUAGCUUCGUUCUGCGCCCUUUUAGGAAUCUCCUUUUUCGCACUACCUGCGGGUAUUUUGGGUUCUGGGUUUGCUUUAAAAGUACAACAGCAACAAAGGCAAAAGCAUAUGAUACGCAGAAGACAGCCAGCUGCAAUGUUGAUACAGUCCCUUUGGAGAUGUUAUGCAGCUGAUGAACAGUCAAUGUCUAUAGCAACAUGGAAGAUUCAUCAAAUACCACAACCAAGCCCUCCAUCGCGCGUUUCGAGUAGUUUUAAGCAUAACGCGUCGUUUGUGAGCCGUCUGCCGACCAUCCGAAGACACAAAAGCACUUCGCUACAUUCCCCUUCCACCCACAAAAAUGCUACGCAAAGAAGCGGAAGAAGUUUAGUGGAUAUAAACGCGUCUGAAGAAAAUUUGGAUAAGCCGGGCCUAAAAAUGUAUCCUUAUAAAUUAGGGGCAGGAUCUUCUAGCACUGCAAACGGUAAUAGAAAUCUUAAUGCAAGUCACAGUGAGGAUUCCGUGGCUGAAACAAUGGUAUCAAAAAGAAACUCGGAUGAUGAGGAGGAGGAACCACGCUACAUCCAGCUCACCAAUCAGCAUAAAUCUGCAAUAAGAGCAAUCAGAAAGCUCAAGUAUUUUGUGGCACGAAAGAAGUUUAGAGAAGCCUUGAAACCAUAUGAUGUAAAAGAUGUGAUUGAACAAUACUCUUCAGGGCAUGCCGAUCUUUUGAAUAGAAGAUCGUCCAUCUCUUCUGAUAUAAUCUUCAACCCUGAUCUUAAAGCUGUUCUAAUGACUGUCCUCCUGAGAUCUCUGGAUAACAGCAGAUUCAAAGUCAGAGUUAAAGACCAGCUCUUGAUCGUCUCAGUAGACGUCUUUAACUCUCAUUUUAAAGAUGCUAUUAUGGUCUCCUUGUCACUGGAUCAAAUUCUGGGUAAACAAGGUUCAAAAGCUAAGGAUGUUUACGCCUCUAAAAUCAGCUUAGCUUCGAGGGUGGUGAAAGUUGAAAGACAGGUUGACGACAUCGAGACGAAAAUCGACCAACUCAUCGAGCUUUACAUCGACGACAGAAAGAGAUUCAUGCCCUAUUACUUUGCCCAUCACUCCACCCCGGACAGAAGCAAUGUACCAGUUGGUAGCUCUGCACCACUCCCAACAAGCGCCCUAAAACCCAAACCCAUUUUGGUGGACAAGCAGUCGUCUGAACCCAGUUCUCCAAUAACCCGGUUCAGGGAACCCCCGCAAGUCUCCGUCACGAGAAUACCCAUGCACAGAGGCUACUCUGACCUUGGCAACAGAAUAAAGAAGAGGGUCACCCUAAGCGCACCGUACGAUGGCGAAGUGGUUAUUGUUGUGCCUCCUCCUCCGACGUCUUCAACAUCGGCUGGCCAAUCGUCGGCCUCUACAAGCACGGCCAUCGAGCUGUCGGACUUUUCCGAAGGAAACUCCAGAACCGGCGGAGAUGGAUCAGACAACCUAGAUAGGUGUCAGGAAGAGGACGAAAACGAUCAGGAAGAGGAAGACGAUGAAGAUAUGGAAGAGAGUCAGAUUGAGAUAGAAGAGGAAGAAAUCGACGUGCCCAAUGAUGGUGAAGAGGAGGAUGAGGAAGAUGACGCGAACGAAACGUCACUGUUAUGUCCACCGAAAACCGAAAUAAUAAUCACUCCAAUGACUCUAAGCUGUCCCCCCAACAGGGAAGCAUACAGUGAAACGUUCAACAUGACGCACUUAAAACCAAACAGAAAUGUUAAGGAAGACGUAUGAUACGUUAUCAUUGGACUUAAGGCAGAAAAGUAUUUAUUAAGUACCUAAGUUACGUAUAAAGUACCUAAUGUUGUGUAUAUGUGUUUCCAUUUCAAAGCGCCCACGAAAAAUAUGCAAGAUAUUAUUGUCAAAAAACGUCAAUUUUGUUACCUACUUGAAAUAUGUGCUUAAAGUACUUUUCGCCAACGUGUUGUGUUUUGGUGUUGGGAAAUAUUUCUAAUAUUUGUUUAAUUAAUUUUGUCAUAAAGGUAGUUGGAGCCAGUGGCGGCUGGUGGAUUUUAUGUAUACCAAUAUCUCAGUUAUUAGACAUGGGCCCAAACCAAAUUUGUAAUAGUUUAUAA